AUGUUGUAUCGACCGGUGCUUCAUUAUCGACAAAGCCAACAGAUCAACAGAUCGCUCAGCCUGGCUUUCAUGUCUGAAAUAGGAGGACUGCUGGAUGCUCGCUUGCACUCAGAGCACUCCGUCCGAGUUGCUUUCUUCACGAACUACCGACAGCUCCGAGACACAAUUGCUGUGCUUUUACACACUACUCGCAUAAGCUUCGCUAUGGAUCCGGAACCAUCUACCGCUUCGCUUCUCGAACCCUCUAGUGAGAUGACCCUUCUGCACUCUAGGUCCGACCCUCCGAACUCCAGCGGGAUUACCGCGACAUCCGUGAGAACCCACGGCGAUGCGAGUACCGUUGACUAUCACGAUCAAGCUGCUCGUGCUCGAGGGGUUGCCGAGAUCUCCAGAACUUUAGCAGCGGGUAUAAGAGAUCUGGUUUCUCAGAAAGAAUUCAUCGAUAUACGCUGGGGUUACAGGGGUGAACUAGACGAGGGAGUGAAGCGGUUGGUUAUAUACGUCAGUUCUGGGCUCCAGGACAUACAGUGGGUAGUGAGGCUUCCCGACUUCAGUCUUCGAGUGCACGACUUUGAAGCUACACAGCUAGCAUCUCUGGGAGGAGCUCGGUUGAGUGAGCUGUCCAAAGCAAUCUCGGACUUGGGAAACCUUGAAAGCAGACAAAUCAACUCCCUAGAGGUAUACUCAGACUUACGUGGAAAGGUCCUGAGGCUUGCCGAACAAGUCGGAGAGAUUCUGAGAAGAGACCCGGUCCGGAACGCAGAGCUAGACCUCCGCGAAGGGGCGAUCGUUGUGUCGCGUCAAGUCAUUGAUAAAGUGGUCAAGGAUCUUGCCCUCAGCUAA